UUUUUGCUCUAUCUCAGUAGUGUGGUAAAUUUCGUUCCACCACCUUUUUUUUGGAAUUUGUCUAAAUUUAUUGUAUAGCGAGUAGCAAUUGUAUUUUUUCGCAAUGAAUCAAAUGAACUUUUUAGGCUACGACGCAAAACAAAUAGCUGAUUUGAUGUUACCAGUAACGAAAAAAUUAUCAAGCUUGUCACACUGGUACUUUGGUACUCGGUAGAACGAUAAUCUGUUCAUUUUACAAAAACAAAAUGCACGUAAAAACUACCGAAUAACGACUAACGAAUUAACAAAGCUGUGUGAAUACCUCUAAUAUAAAUUCAAAAUAUGCAGGUUUACAACAGCUGGAGCUAACAAAUAAAACAUUCUGCAGGUAACUCGCUUCAUGGAGUCAAAAAGAGCAUUUGAAAAUCCUCGUACAUACAUACUUGUAUGUACAUGCAUGUGAGUAUGUAUUUAUAAUGAGUUAGCUGUUACAAAAUGUGCAUGGGCUUAGGUCGACAACCGGUCGAGACCCUGAGCAUUGCUUUGACGGGGGAAUCAGCUUCAAACAGUGAUGCAAUGAUCGCAGGUGGCCAACUUAACUUUAAUUAUAAGUGUGUAGCUACGUCAACUAUGUACUAAUCCGUAUAUAAAGUUACUCAUGUCCACACCAACCUGUGGGCACAAUAAACGAAAACCAAAUGAUUAACUAACGAAAUUGAAUAAAAAAGAUGAAAAAAUCUUCGAUACAUUCCGGACCCAUUAAAACUGCCUGUAUUACAUUUACCUUUGUUGGGUAACUGCAUUGAUUAUAGUUCGACUACCCAUUGUUUUUGUUGUUUUUUACUGAUUCCAGUGCUUUUAUGAUUCGUCCGAACGUUAGCUAAAACAGCUGCAAACACAUGAUGGCAUCGCUGCCAGAAGUAGAGGUUUGCUUCGGAUGUCUUUUGUUUUUGGUAUAAAUGAUUGCCUCUAGCCUCUGUCAGCAUCAGUUCGACUUUUAGUUUCCAUAAAAGACUCAUCAUAACAGUAUUUUCAGUAAAGUCACAUUCGAGGAAAAUACAAAAUGAGGAUAUCUGUUUGUAUGCUCGCCAUUUUGAUAGGAUCAGGCUCGGCGGGCUUUCUUGGCGGUAGCUCCGAUGGUGGCGGUUAUGGGGGUCAUGGUGGUCACGGCGGAUAUGGUGGUCCAGGAGGUGGCGGUGAAGUAAAAACUAUUCAAAUCAUUCAUGAAGAAGCCGCAGGACAUGGAGGAAGUUACGGGAGUCACGGCGGUCAAAGGAGCUAUGGGUCCCACGGUGGUUUUACUGGCCACGGAGUAGGCGUGGGAGAGGUCAAAACCAUAAAAGUUAUUCAUGAACAUGGAGGAGCAGUUGGCGGACACCAUGGUAUAAGUGGUGGUCAUGGACAUGGUGGGGGCCAUGGUGGCAGCAUUGGAAAUGGUAAUUUGAAAACCAUCAAAGUUAUCCACCAACAAGCUGGUGGUAAUGGAUUCUCAAAUGGUUAUGCUGGCAAUGCAGGCUACAACUAUGGCAAUGGCGGACAUGGUGGUCAUGGUGGUCAUGUUGGUGGACUUGGUGGGGGAGCACCAGGUGGUGGUGUUGUAAAAACAAUUAAAGUUAUUCAUGAGCAGAGAUAUGCAGGUAGCCAUGGAGUGGGCAGCACAAAUGGUGGAGGAGCUAUUGGCGGUGGCAACGAUGAUGUGAAUACCAUUAAAGUUAUUCAUGAGCAAAGUGGUGCAGUGAGCGGUGGUUCCUUGACUGGUGGUUCCGAUGGAGGCUAUAAUUAUGGAAGUACAGCUGGAGGUGCUGUUGGUGGCGGAGAUGUCAGAACUAUUAAAGUCAUUCAUGAGCAAGCCGGUGUUGUGGGUGGUGGUGCUUUUGGUGGAAGCGCAAUCGGAGAUGGUGAAGUGAAAACAAUCAAAGUAAUUCAUGAGCAAGCAGGCAUCGCAGGUCAUUCCAGUGGUGCACACGUAGACGGAGGCAGCUAUGGGGGUGAUCAUGGUGAUGCAGCUGGUAGACCUGAUGACGGUGGAAAUGUUAACGAUUCAUUUGAAACGGUAAAGUCUCUCAAAUUAAUUGGUGAAUUAGACAGUGGUUAUGGAGGUUCAGGGGGAAAUGCGAACGGUGGAGGAGAUUUCGGUGGGGGAGCAUCUGCAAGUGGAAAUAUCGGCGGUGCUUCUGGCACUGGAUACCUGCCCCCAAUUAAUGAAUAUGUGCCUCCAUCAAAUCAGUAUGGACCUCCAUCAAGCCAGUAUGGACCUCCAUCAAGCCAGUAUGGAUCUCCAUCAAGCCAGUAUGGACCUCCAUCCAACGAGUACGUGCCACCAGCGAACGGACAUGUACCUCCCUCAAAUCAAUACCUGCCACCAAGAUUGUAAUGAUGGCUUUUAUUUAUUGCACAACGAAGCGUUUGAUUAAUACU